AUGAGGAGGGCAUUAGUUUUAGUUAUAUCUCUAGUGGUCUUCGCGGUAGUAAAUCAUGUUGCAGAUGCAGCCCGUACAGAUGGCCUCUGGCCUGUGAAGAAAACAGUGACAAUUACCAAUAGGCUUCCCAGCAAGGCACUAUUGAGGGUACACUGUAGGUCAAAGAAUGACGACCUUGGGAUUAGGUAUUUAAGAUAUGACGAGAGCUUUCAUUUUAAGUUUAGGACAGAUAUAUUUUUUAGAACCUUAUUUUACUGUUCUUUUGAAUGGCCAGGUAGUGGCAGAAAACAUUGGUAUGAUAUCUAUAAUGAUUGGCUUGAUCAUUGCAAACAUUGUAAAUUCGUUGUCAAAAACUAUGGGGUGUGUAAGUAUAAUAAUCGGACUUAUUUAUAUGACAAGUGUUUUUCAUGGCAGAAUGAGAUAAGACAUUGA